UGGUGUUGCAGUGCUCUGCUGUACACAUGCACCGGUGGCGGCGCUGGACACAGAUGCCAUGACAGCAUGAUCUGUGUCUAACGGGAGAGGGUGUAGUCUACAUGGAACCACAACACUGAUGAGAAUCCACGACCUUUAAACUGGAUUUCACUGAAUAACGGUGUAGCCGGGGAAGCGUCUAGCGUGUUAAGGAAAGCAAGAAGAAGACAUUUCAUUUGUUUAUCUGGGAGAGAUCAGCGCAUCUGGAGUAUAGUAGAAACACAAUCUUUUACAGAAUGCAAAGGGGUUUCUCUGAGCAACAAAGAUGAGUGUGACAUCAUGGUUCCUGGUCAGCAGCUCUGGUACUCGUCACCGUCUGCCACGGGAAAUGAUCUUUGUUGGCCGGGAGGACUGCGAGCUCAUGCUGCAGUCUCGUAGUGUGGAUAAACAGCAUGCUGUUAUCAACUAUAACCCUGCCACAGAUGAGCACCUCGUCAAGGAUCUUGGAAGUUUAAAUGGGACCUUUGUGAAUGACUUGAGAAUUCCAGACCAAACAUACAUAACCCUCAAGCUGUCGGACAUUGUUCGUUUUGGAUAUGAUUCACAUGUGUAUAUUCUUGAAAAGAGUCAACAUAAAGUCCCUGAAGAGGCCCUCAAGCAUGAGAAGUACACCAGUCAGCUGCAGAUGGGCAUAAAAUCUGCAGAGGGCAAGCAACAGAACCUGCAGGAAGAAAGGUCUAAAUUAGAGCGUUCUGAACGCAAGAGUCUCACAGAGUCCCCUGUACCCAGACCAACACCAUUGUAUGGCCAGCCAUCAUGGUGGGGUGAGGAGGACUCUGGGAACAAGGGAGGACACAAUGAAGUACGAAGGUCAAGUGACAAUCAUUCAGAGAUCACAAAGGAGGCCCCGACAGCUGAGGAUGAAUUUAACGUCUCUGUUCAAGAGAUUCGUGACAGCCAGGCCAAGUCAACCUAUCUGUACCACCGAGAGCCCAGCUAUUUUGAAAUUCCAACAAAGGAGUUCAAUAUGCAUCCCAAGUCCCCAGAGACAGAUUUGAUUGACAUCCCAACCAAAGACACCAACGUUCCUCUGAUUUCUACUCCUCCAGUUGUCCAAAGUCAUGCUUCUUUUACUAUCGAGUUUGAUGACUGCAUGCCAGGCAAGAUUAAAAUCAAGGAUCAUGUGACCAAGUUCUCCUCUCGUCAGCGUAGCAAGCAGCAGCCAAGUAAUUCUUUGGCAGCCACACCCACAGAGGUUCUGUCAGCUGAGAGCAAGGUGGCUGAUUGGCUUGUGCAGAGUGAUGUUAGCAUGAUGUGCAGGCGGCCACCCUGUGAGGAUGUGUACAGCACUAAGAGUGACUUAGCAAUGCAUAUUCGGACACUCAAAGGACACCAUCAUGAAGAUGGAACCCAGAGUGAUUCAGAAGACCCUGUAAUGAAAGGAAAACGCAGCAAGUCACAUCAUUCCAUGCAAUCACAAUCAUCAGUACAGUCACACCAGUCAGCUCAAUUAAAGACAUCCGAACAAUCAGAAUCAUUUCUGUCCCAGCAGUCAAUACCAAAAACUCAUCAUCCUCAGUCAGUCUCGCCACACAAACACCAUCAAAGCGAUCUUGAUGAAAGUGAGGCUCAUCCUGUACAAGAAGCCUCCUCUCCUCCCCAGACAGAGGUUAAGCCAAUUCACACUGAGCCUCACACCCAGCAGGCCUUUAUUAUUGAGUUCUUUGAUGAUAAUCCCAGAAAGAAGCGGUCACAGUCCUUUACCCACAACUCUGCACAUGCUGAUUCCUACUCUGCAUUGAAGGCCAAACUAGAGAGACGCAAAGGUCUGGCUCAUGGGGAAAGGCCAGCCUCUGUGCAUGGGCAUGUUCCUCCAACACAGCAAAUCACUGUUCCAUUGAAAGGUUCAAGCCAUGUAGGUUCACAGCGGUCAAGCUCACUGAAGAGAGAGAAGACAGAAGACAAUGGGACCAGCACAUCUUUAUUAGGGACCUCAUCUCGCUCUUCACCAGCAAUCUCCAUUAAGCCUUUUGGAAGUGUGGGCAAGAAGUCCAGUCUUGCUCAGGAAUUUACUGCAGUGUUCUUGAAGGAUACAGGAAAGACUUCCCCACCUCCCAUGUCUGCCCCACCUGUGAUGAUGUCCCCAUCACUCACUCUUUUACCCUCCCCAGCAGAACCCUCUGGACCCUCUUCUGUGUCGUACCCGUCUUCUCCUUCUCAGCUACCUGCAUUAUCCCAGUCUCUUCUCCCAGUAUCCUCACCUGUCUCUGUCCCUUCUCAAGCCCCUGGAAGGUGUCCAGUUUCUAGUGCCUCCCCAGUCUGCUCAGCUGGGUCAUCUGUGCCCCAGUUUUCACCACUAUUAGUUAGUGGUGUUGAAACUAAGGGCUCAAGGGUGACCCGAACUGAGGAGGAGGACAGUCUGAGUGACGCUGGUACCUACACAAUUGAGACAGAGUCACAAGAUAAGGAAGUGGAGGAAGCUAGAAGUAUGAUUGACCAGGUGUUUGGUGUUUUAGAUGCACCAGAAUACAGUGGUCAGACUGUUGGAGUUUAUAGGCCUGUGAUUGAUGAUGGUAAAGAUGAGCAACUAUUCUUUAGUCAUAGCCACAGUAUGGCAGCUGAUGUAAUGUCGACAUCAUCACAGGGCCAUGGUGGAGACCAAGUCAUCUCACUGCAGGCACAUCCAGGUGUAGGAGGGCCUAAAUGGGUCUCACGCUGGGCCAGCCUAGCAGACACUUAUAGUGAUCCUGGGGCUACACAAGGAUCUAUGGGAAUUCCACCCCAAAGUGGGCCUGCAGACAGAGAUGAUAGAGUGACAUUAAUGAUUAGUCAAAGCUCAGAUAUCUCAGAAUCAGAGGGCAGUCAAGGUUCCAGGACCAGACGGCUACUUCCUCGGGUUCCACCAGGAGAAAAACUUGAGAACACAACCCCUAGUAUCUUGAUCCGGCAUGAAACAAACAUGGACCAUGAACCACCAGAGAAAGGUUCUAGAGCACCACAGCAGCAGGACUGCACUCAGAGGCUUCGUGUCCAAGAUGACGUGGACCCAGACAGUUUGAGUGACACCAGCCGUUCAGAUGACAGCUCUGUCCUUGAUAGGAGUGGAAGGAGCCAAGGAAAGAGAGGAACUUCAACACCCUCACCUUCUGAAAAUGUAAACCAUUCUAAAGGGUUAAGAGAGAUGCCACCACCCACUCACACUCCCAAACCCACCUCAUUUUAUAUUGGUUCUGAAGAGGGUUCAUGCAAGUCAGAUGCAUCCAAAAGUCCAAUUCUUUCACAGCCAGAGAGAGACUACUCUCCUAAGAUGCCUCCAACCACUGUCUUGAUACAACAUUUGAGUGGCCAUGAGUCUAGGCGUCCAGUGAAGCCCAACUCGUCAGCCCCGAACCUUCAGGCACAUACCAGGGAUGUAGUGCCCACCAAAGAGACCUCAACCUCAUUUGUUCGGCAGGAGAGUUUUACCAAAGAUAGGCCAAGUGACAACAUUCAAGUCAAGAAAUUACCACAUAUCUCUAGUCAUCCUGCUUUGAGAAGCUUGGAUACAGAGGAAACUGUCCAAGAUACAUUUCCCUUUCCUAAGGAAGCAGAGAAAUCUUUGGCAUCAUCAGAAGAGAAGGUACCUGGAUCUAGUCAACGUUUAAAAACCGGAAGCUCUCCUGCACAAGAGGACUCCCUGUCUGGUGAUUCAGAUGUUGAUACCGCCAGUACUGUAAGCAUGGUCAGCAGUAAAAAUGCUCCUGUCAGUGCACUUAAGAAGCGCACAUCUGCAAGUGACCCGCGUAAGGAGAAAUUAUCUUCCGGUUUACCUGCACAAGACAAAGCACGGCAACCUACAGCCCGUGAACGGCUAUCAGAAAAACGCAGAAAUCGUGCCUCAGCAGAUAAUACCAGUAAAGCUGAAAUGAGUCGUCGGCUCCAACUUCGUCGCAGUGCUGGUAACCGUGGUUCUUUAGACCUUUCAGAUAAUCAGCAUGGUCAACAGCUGUGGCCUGAAGCUGCUGCUUCUGACCAUGAAUCAAGUUCACGGGCCAACAACCGCAAAAAACUCACUGUACCCCUGCAAAAGGAGGAACCCAAUAAGGUUACCAAAGGAAGCCAUCAGGUACUGACACGAUCCAAUAGCCUUUCAGCCCCAAGACCAACCCGUGCCUCCAUGCUCCGCCGAGCUCGACUAGGUGAGGCCUCAGACAAUGAGGGUGCAGAGACGGACCAUGCAUCUCAAAGCUCCGACCACAGUAAGACUCCUGCUGAAGGCAAGAAACUCUCAAGGCUGGACAUUCUUGCCAUGCCUCGGAAACGCACUAGAUCCUUCACUGUUCCAAGUGACAAUGAGUCCACCUCAAGCAAGCAUGGCAUUUCCAACCGACCUACAGAGGCGAGUAGCACUGUGAGGAAAGGGGCUUCAAGUGAGGUGAGGCAGGCUACCAGCAAAGGGACUGCAUCAGUAGGGAAAUACUCCUCCAUUCGUACCCGCUCUAACCAAGUUAAACACAGUAGCACAGCUGGUUCCCACCGUAGACAAAAGGAUUCAGACUAUUCCUCUACCUCAGAGGAGGAGUUUGAGACCAAUUCCAACUCUAAGCAAAAACGCUCCCAUGCCUCAGCUUCAACUCAGACACAGACACCACAGAAGACUGUUCAGAUGAGGCUAAAAUGUGGCUCUUUGGAAACAGAAGAGGACGAAACUCAGAAUGAACACUUCCAGAAUUGGUCUACUCAUAGUGCAGAGAUUGCCAGGCUGAGUCAAGACCUGGCCAAAGAUCUUGCCAUUCUUGCACGUGAAAUCCAUGAUGUAGCAGGGGAUGGUGACUCCCAGGCAUCCUCAGGCAUAGGAGCUACCACUUCCCCAACUUCCAUCCCAAAUACCCCUGCAUCUACUAUCUCGACCAGAGAGGAGAGACCAUUUGCAUCAUUACAGAGGUUCCUGUUACCUCAGCUGGUACAGCAUAUACCCGAGGCAAGUCUGAACUAUCAAAAGGUUCCUCCAGGCUCAACUAGUCCAAUAGACCAGGACUCAAAUAUGAACGACCAUGACAGUUCCAGACGGCGUCCCUGGAACCGUGAAGAGGUAAUUCUGGACAAUCUCAUGUUGAACCCAGUCUCCCAGCUCUCCCAGGCUAUCAGAGAGAACACGGAGCAACUAGCAGAGAAAAUGAAAGUUCUGUUUCAUAACAAGACUGAAGUCUGGGAGGAAAUAGAAGCAACAAUCAAUGCUGAAAAUGAGGUUCCCAUCCUUAAGACAUCUAAUAAGGAAAUCUCAUCUAUUCUCCAAGAACUGCGAAGAGUCCAGAGACAACUUGAGGUGAUCAACACUAUUGUUGAGCCUGGAGGAAUCCUAAAGUUGCCCCCUAUGGCAACUUCUUCCAGGGGAAAGAGCAAAUCUGCUUCCAAGGAGUUUACCGGCCCCACUUCCUCUAAUACCAAUGCAAGUGCAAAGCGAAGUCCCAGAGGGCCUGAGGGAGGGCGAUAUGUAGUAUAAGCAUAGUAAACAACUGCACAUCUCUUUGGAGACUGCCAUAUUCAUGGCGUAUUUGUAAAGUAUUGUGAGACUAUCUGUGGUGCAAAUAUGAGUCAUAUGCUUUCUCUAAGACUGCAGACACACUUCACAAGCUAAAGUAGGUUGUAAACAUUAUUCCUUUCAACAAUUGUAAUCAGUGGCUUGCUUGAACGAUUGUCCGUAUGCCAUGUUGUCAUUCAUGAUUGAGUGAAUGCGUAGGUAUUGUUUUGCCGUCUGUUUCCUUGUUCACUGUCAAUCAUGAAAUGCACUUGGCUGCUACAAAUCUACAGCAUGAAAAAAAGGGUGAAUACACACUACCUAGUACUUGCCUUCAACAAGGGCAUUGCCAUUAGCUUGCUUUGCAAAAAAAAGAAAAAAGAUUUACCAGUUUUAAAUAUAAUGCUAUCAAAGUUAUUAAUUGAAUAUUGCUGCUUCUGAGAAUAUGGCUACUGUUGAAUUCCCAGAUAUAGCAAGUUAAAAUAUUGUUAAUAAUAAUCAAAAAUAUUGUUUAAAGUAAUCAAACUUUGGCAUAAAUGUUUUUAGUACGGUGACUGUGAGGGAACAUGUUCAGUUCACUUUUGUAGUAGCCACUUUUGUUGUAGCCAUGAGAUAUUAUCUUGUGGGAAUGUGAUAUGUUGUGGCCACAAGAUCCUAUGUUAAGGAUUUCUUGUGGCCACAAGAGCGCCUUAAAACAAAAAUCUACCCACAGCAACAGUUUAAAAGUAACCCAAUUCCACAGGAAAUCCACAGACUUGGUAACAUUGCGGUAUUGGCCCAAAUUUCAUUAUUCAAGUUCAAUAUCAAUUAAUUUGGUUAUAUACAUGGAUAUAUAGGCCAGUACAUGUUAAUUUUUCUUAAAGAAAAAAACUUCCUCAGCUAAUGUUCAAGUCAAUUCGUGUUAAUAUGUCGUGACCUCAACAUGCUGUGGCGUUCCCAAAAAUCAGUAUCUCAUGGCCAGGAAAAAAAUAAGUGAACCGAACAAGUGUCCUCCUGGUUACCGUAGUUUUGCAAAUACACCACAUAUGUCUGGAGUCAUAAGGGUGUUUAAGUUUACGUGUGUAAGUGAAUGCUAGAUUAUAAUAGUAUCGUGUGAUGCUGUGAAGUGUUGUUGCUGUGUUACAGGUUAAAACUUGAAAAACGGGUUACCUUCACCCUGCCCCACUAUAUUAUAUGCUUUUAUGAUUGUAUGCAACAAAGUGAUUGUUUUUAAUUUCGGAUGACAAGGAGCUACCAUUGAUGACAACAACAACAACAACAACAACAACAAAAAACAGCUGGAUGUAUCAGGCUAUCGCCCCCACGUUUACAUUAGCCUAGCCUACAUUACAUAAGUGUCAUAUGUUCUAUGUAUUUGUGAUUUUGAAUGUUUUAAAAGCAUCAAAAUGAUGUUUAAAUAUCCUGAAUGAGAUCCACAACAAUAAUGUCAGUAAUAUUCAAUUUAGGAAAUUGUUGAGUGAAUUUAGGGUGAUUGGGAUACUUUUUGCUGUUGAAAUGACUUGGAAAAAGUGUCCCAAUUCACCCUGCAUUUUAGUAAGGUAAGAUGUUCAGCCAAGUUCUCCGGGAACAGUGUUUAACCAUUCUAACCAUUGGGUUAGAGUUAAAAUUAGACCUUUGGGGUAAGAUGCCCACCUGAAUUCACCCAGAGUGGGAUGUUAUUACUAGUAUGUAUUGUAUUUAUUUAUUUAUUUAUUUAAUACUUAUUGUAAUCCAUGGAGUUGCUAUUCAAUAAUUCCAUGAAUUAAAUGUACAUGUCAGAAGUUUUUCAAUAAAACCCAUAGCCUAAUUGAGUGAAAUUAUUUCAUUUGAAUUCAUAGUGUUGCUAUAAUGACAUAUCUUCAAUUAAAAUAUGGCCAAUUAAAUAUGUACAUAUUAUUAUGCCUGUAUAUAAAUCAUAGAAUCCAAGUUAAAUGUAUGACACCAUGUUAGUAUUGAAUUGUAUUUGCUUUGUGUCUGUAAUUGUGAUCUUCCAUUACAGCAUUUCUAUUUUUUUUACCAUUCAAUGUUAAAAAGGCUCUACAAGUCAGUCUUGAAAAAAUGUUUCUGCACUGAGAAAUGAUUGUACACAGUAGAUUUGUUUAAUGUUUUAACAGCUCACCAUCGUUUGCUUUAGUUUCUUUUUUUACCUGAGUGUAAUGAAUGGUUUGAUGUAUGCAAAUGAAAUAAUUAUUUUGGAAUUAUUGCAUGUGUGCCAUAUGCAAUCUGGUUUUGCCAUUGAUGCUAGUAGAACUUCCAAACUCGUAACUAACAGCAACAGCAAUUAUCUUGUGAUGACACAGGUUCGACAUCCAUGUUUCAUUUCAUAUGACUCAUACAUCUACACUAUUUAAAUCAACUUGAAUCAAACAUCCUGGGAUGAGCUCAAAUCCAGCUUUUGCUAACAUUUUAUUUGGUUCUCUAUCUUUUCUUUUAUUAUAAACAGAGUAAUGUAAAUUCAUUUUAAGUUUUAACCAGAUGUCACUGACAUCCAAAGUGUAUUGCAAUUUUCAUCUAAUUUGUAAUAAAUUUAUUUAAGCCAUUAACAA